AUGUCGAAUACCAAUAAUUCCGUCGGUAUGACUACUCGUGCUCGCGCGAAUGAAAUUAAGAAUGAUGGUGAACAGAACGAAAGAAAUUUGAAUGUCAUGGGUAUUGCACAACAGAACGAAAACGCACAAAGUGUUGUGGUACUAACUGAGGAAAAUUCGAAGCACAAUGUAUUCGCCAAUGGAAAGACACUAGGUGAACAAAAUAAUUCGACAAAAACCUCGCAAAAUGGAUCGAACGUCGAGAGCGUGAAUGCAGUCGAUACGAACGCUAUGCUCAAUACGCUGAUGGUGCAAAAUAAUAUGCUCAUGGAGUUACUAAAAUUGCAACAAAAUAAACCACUCAACGACAUAACCAUUGCUCCGGAUUUAAAUAAGUCGAUACCGGCCAAUAUAUUUAUUUAUCAGUCUUGUAAAGUAUUUAAGUAA